AUGUUUCUUCGCGUGGUGUUGCUUCUUGUGUUGGUCGAUAGAGUGGCGCAGGCCUCGACGAUCCGAGCGUUAGACGGCCUGGGCAACGCUGUGGCAUGGUGGGCCGUGAUCAAGCUGCCGUCGCACGUGCAAUCGCCUGAUGGCGUUGUGAUCCCGACGCCAUGCGACUGUCCUGUUCCAGACUGCAGCAAUGUAGCGACGGCCGGGUGGUCUGCACUUGAAGCGAGAGCCGCGGGACUCUGCUACCUCUACGCGGACUCGAGGACUCCCGAGUUCCGACACUUUCGAGACGUGGGCUAUGACUGCUUGGGUCAGGGAGGCAACGAUCCCGUAAGCCACACUCUCAAGCAGAAGGAGAACAGUUCGUACUGGGCAAUUUUCAAUGACCAGCUCAAUGGGAUCGCGUCAGCUUUUCAUCCUAAAGAGACCGAAAGACUGCAGUACAGUAAGCAAGUGUGUGGAGGUGGAGACUUGUUCAGCGCACAUGCCAAAGGUGCCGUGGCAUUUCAGAGCGACGCUAGUGGUGGCUUCUUCCUGCAGACAUCGACGCCCAAUUUCCCUGAUCCCACACGCAACGACUCGUUCGUAAAACUUGGGUGUCAAACUGAUAAUAACGUGCAUUUUUCUCAACACAUGUUGGCCAUGUCAUUGGAAGACAACGAGUUGCUGCAACUUGGAAACAAGUUGCAACUCGCGAGAUUAUGCUCGGCAAACUUUUUCCUAAAUGAAUCGUUGCAUGAUUUUUUGGGAAGUGCAACUUUAUUCAAAGAUGGAGCGGAACAAGAGAACACAAGUGCCUCUGCGUUCUACCAUGCACUAUUGGACCAAUAUUUGCCGGUCCAGCUUCCUUCAGACCCCAUGAAAGCUGAGUUUAGCCUCAAGUUGGCAACUACGCAAGUGGAAAAGUCUCGCGUCUUUGAGCCACUGGUUAAGGGCCAAGAUCUCUUCGAUUUUGACCCUAUAGAGGGGGAACAAGUGCGCGUUCUUAUCAAGAGCCCACGAGCUGCAGUGCCGCCAUGGACUCUAGUAGCAGAGAUGCUGGACUCAGAUGUCAGUGUGGCUUCGUGGUGGGAUGGCAACUACGGUAUCCCCACUAUUUGCGCUGGUGAUGUGUACACACACUCUCCAAAUGAGUUUUGCCUGAACAAUCCUCGUACAGGCGUCGAGUUGAAUGCAGACGGAUCAGCGCCGUACAAUAUCGAGAACCUCAUGCAAGCCACCUGGCACAUGAGUGAUGGUAGCAGCAACUUGACUUGGCAACUGGUUGGAGGUCGCGUAUCGGACGGAAAUCACGCUAAGUGGGGGUUGACAACACCUCGCUUCGGUCCUGUGGAGAGCGCAAAUGCCUACGUGACCUUCGGCGACCUUAAUAUGGAAGGAUUCCCGUGCUCCAAGGCGUGCAAUGGCUCGCAAGCAGGUAGAGGCGGCAGCUUCUUUUCUCUCCUGUACCCACGACUGCACAAAAGUUUAGCAGACUCAGUCAUCUCCGGUGCAUGUCGAUGUUCUCCUCCUGCCGAGUUGCAAUUUUUGCAGAAUGACACUUCGUUGCCAACUUUUGAAGAAUUGCGGAUGUGUCAUCGCGGCUGUGUGAAAAAAAUCGAGGAGCGUCUGGAGCCGGCUCAGUUGCCAAUAUUGAGUGUGAACGCCUCCUCUUUUUGGUCAAAGUAA